GUACGAGUUUCGGUAUGUAAAGACGUUUCUUCCGUUGCCACGCUUUCUAAUAUUCUUCCUUCUCCCCGGUCGAUUGCCUCACAUCCCAACUGUCAAUUUUCACCAUCUUCCGAUCGAAUUCACCAAUCCGCUCCGCUCCUUUCCAAACCACCGAUGUCGCGACGCUACCACACGACGGAGCUGGGCAGCAUAGCCUGCGAAGACUUAUCGGAUGUUGGGGCAGGUAAAGAAGGCUGGCUGGUGAGCGAUCCCAAUCUUUUAACUGCUCUUGACACCCAUUCUUUAGCCCUUGCCAACCGCUCAAUUGUCCUUGUUCUCCACUGGUCCGACGACGACGCCGAUCCCUCUUCUUACCGCCUCAAAAUUGUCCCUGAUCUCUCCCCGAUCGCGGCCGAGUACAUCUCCGCUAUUGAGUGGCUGGUGUUUGAUGACGUUAGGGUGCUUGCUAUUGGAACUUCUUCAGGUUUUCUUUUAAUCUAUUCUCUCCAAGGCGAUCUCAUUCACAAACAGCUUGUAAACAAUGCCAAGAUUAUCAAGUUAAGAGUUCGUGGAACUAACAAGGACCUGUUGGAAGAUACAUCUUCCGAGGAGGUUUGUGUUGUUAUGCGAGCAACAGUUGCUCGAUUUGAUGGAUCUGACAUUCAGAGUAUGCUGCAUCGGUGGUUUCGAGAAAGACAGUUGAAUUUCUGGGAUGAGAGUUACAUGAGGAGAGAUCAAGAAUAUUCUGGAGCUUCAUUUGGAAGGCUUCCUUAUCAGCUAUGGAAUGUUAGCAAGUAUGGAUUGUGUGCUGAUGCUGCUAUCACUGGCAUCAUGCCCCCUCCUCUAAUGGAACCUCAGUCAAGUCAACGUUAUUAUUGUGCAGUCACAGUUGGAGAUGAUGCGGUGAUUUCAGCAUACAGACUUUCGGAGGACAGAAGCAGAUCAAUAGUUGGAGCUAUUCUGUCAAAAGUUGUGCCUGCAACAUUUUCAACUAUAUCUUCUAUCUCAAAAAUGAUUUGGCGAAGUGAUACAACAACAAAGAAACAAGAGGAAAAACCCCAACCGCUUGCUCGAGCUUCUCCUCUUACUUGUUUGAAGGAUUACCCAAGGAAGGGAGAAAAACUGACAUUAUCACCUAGUGGUACUCUGGCUGCAAUAACUGAUUCACUUGGUCGUAUAUUGCUUUUGGACACGCAGGCACUUGUUGUUGUGCGACUAUGGAAGGGAUAUCGUGAUGCGAGCUGCUUGUUUGUUGAGAUGCUUGUCAAGAAGAAUUCCGCAACUGUAGGAUCUGCUGGGUAUCAAUAUGAGAAGAGUGAUUAUUGCCUUUGUUUAGCCAUCCAUGCACCACGUAAAGGGAUAGUCGAGGUUUGGCAGAUGAGAACUGGACCUCGUCUUUUAACCAUUCCAUGCGCCAAAGGUAGCAAGAUUUUGCAACCUACCUAUAGAUUUGUUUCAUCAAUUUCAUCAUCAUCUUACGUGCCAUUGGAAGUUUUCUUUUUGAACGGAGACUCUGGUCAAUUAUCUGUAUUGAACCGAUCCCUUAACUGAGUCUUAAUGCGACCCCCCCUGAUUAUUUAUAUCAUAAGCUCAUUGUAUGGAAUUCAUUGCAAUCUGUCUGACAGCACCAAAUGUUUUUAAAUUUGGUGCAUACAAACAGGCCCUUUUAUUGGGUACUUCUAAGAUUCAAUGUUACAUCAGUAGAUUACAAUC